UUCUUCUUCUUUACUCUCUCAUUCAGCACCACACGUUUUCUCUUUUCUUUCACCCCCAAACAAAAACCUUUCUCUUCGGUUUCUAAUAUUUUUCUAUCAAAAGUUCAAAACCCCAAAGACCAAAACAAGAGGGGGAUCGAUCGAAAGCAUCAAUGGCGGAUUGGGGUCCGGUAAUAGUAGCGACAGUGCUGUUUGUGUUGCUAAGUCCCGGACUGUUGUUUCAGGUACCGGCGAAGAACAAGGUUGUGGAGUUCGGAAACAUGCAAACCAAUGGAGCUUCCAUUUUCGUUCAUUCCAUUAUCUACCUUGGUCUCAUUACUAUCUUCCUUAUCGCCCUUGAUCUUCAUAUUUACGUUUAUGAUUAAUAAUGAUAUCUUUUGGAAUUGCUAAAUUCUAGCUGUGAAAGUUGUGUAUUUAGUUUUUGUAAUUUAAUUUUAUCAAUUUUAGUUUAUAUAUUUUUCCAUUUUUGAAAA